AUUGCUGCUUCUACUCAACGUAAGCUCUUAUCUUUUAUAUAUCUCAUAGAGACUCAUUGUUUCUAUAGAAAUUAUGCAUCCUGUCUACAACAAUAGCGACCCGACUGCACCAUACAUCACGCUGGAUGAUACAGAUCGAAACAGUGCCUUAUUUCUUUCUAAUGCCCUUGAUGAACCUUUUCCAAACAGUACCAUCCUCAUCACAUCUGGCCAACCAACUGGCCUUUCUUGGUCUCUCUGUGCUGCCAAACUUCACAGUGUCCCUCAGCUGAGCAUCAACCGAACGAUCACCACACGAGGGCCGACAAACGCAACUCGAUACCAAUUCCUGAUUUCCAACUUGACAGACAAUGCCUCUUAUCAAGCUUAUUUACUACAAGAAAACAAUGGCGUGGCUGGUAUCUCAAUGCCAAUACCAAUCAAGACAAAAGCAUCAGCUGUUUGUCAGUUGAUUUAUGAUUUACCCUUUUGCAACCAAGUUGCCUACAGUGUCCCAUCCAAUUCAGCUGUCAGUCGCUGGGACCUUGCAGCACAGUAUGAUACCCAAGCUCAGGCUUUGUUUGAUCCCUUUGAUGUAUCGCUAUCUCAAUUCAAUUGUGAAUCAACACAGUAUUCGCUCGUUCGCAAUUGUACCGACUGUUAUCGCGAUUACAAGACAUGGCUUUGCUCCGUCACAAUACCGAGAUGUACAGAUUUGACCUCUAGUGCUGGCCUUAUACAGGGAUCAGAUAAGAUUAAAGCAGCACCUGCUGUACGAGAUGUACCUAUUAACGGCUCCCGAAACCCUUGGAUCGAUAGUACCUUACAGCCUAGCGCAUGGACAGAAUUACUUCCCUGUAUUGAUCUAUGCUAUCACGUAGUUCAGAGCUGCCCCCCUUACCUACAGUUCUUUUGCCCUGUAGGUGAUUUGGCUUCCGUUCAGUAUGGAUACUGGCAGACUGGAAACGCGACAGUUAACGGAACGACAUAUCAAUUUAACCUUAAUAACCCAACGUGUAAUCGUAUGGGAUUAGAUAUCAAGCUACUGACACUUAGUAGCCAAGGACAUAAGCUAAGAACCUUUUCAUGCUCCUUUUGUAUAGUUUUCUUUAUGAUUUUCAUUCUUUUAUAGACCUUGUAAAUUAUUCUAUUCUUUCAAAAAAAAAACUAAUAAAUUACUCCUUAUAGAGAGAGAAAAGGGGGGAAUCUAAUUAUUCAUGCAAUACAAAUGUUUGUU